GUAUCGUCACUGAAAAGGGCCUCCGAGAGGAGGUCCCUCCUGUUCUGCAGCACCAUAUACUGAAAGUGGCUUUGGAACUUCCUGCAAAUAAAUUUGCCUGGUUCAGAAUACAGGAUGUUUCUGAGACAGAGAAGGUAUCUGGUGAAAAAUCAGUAUUCUAUUUACUGAUGAAAAUGUUUGUUACAAGUAAGCAUUCUCAUCUGAAAAUUUCAACCAAAAAACUAAUCAUCAAGGUUUUACGUGACAGUGGAGUGUUUGAGUACACGUGGAAGGAACUUUCAGUUUGGCUGGAACACUUGGAUAAUACAAAAGAAGACAAAAAGGAAGCAGUGAUUCAAUUUUUGGAAAGGAUCCUGUUGAAACUGGUGACAAAUCCCUAUCCAUAUACAGAUAAAGCAGCAGACCUUGUUCAGGAAGCCAGUAUGCUCCAAGUUAAUAUGUUUAAACAAGACUCUGAUAACGUCAGCAUCCCCAUCUCUCACAUUGACGAUGUUCUGGAUAUGGUGGAUGUCCUAAUUGAGGGCAGUGAUGGCUUAGAUGAAGAAAUUGGGUUCACUUUAAAUGAAGACAUGAUUAUUCAAACAUUUCCAUUUAGUGCUGUUGUCCCUGCUGCAUUAGAAGCCAGGAAUACACUGUUGCUUCAGACUGAAAAUGGAACAGGAGCACACAUCGUAGAGUAUCUUGUUGCUGUUUUCACUGACCUCCUGCACUCUCAGAGAGAACCCCUCGCCCUCUGCUUGAUGUUCCAGCUCUAUGAUAAAGAUCUGCAGUCCCUGAAAGUUUCUAAGUAUCCUCAGCUCUAUCAGUUUAACCAGUACUAUAAACUCUGGAUACCCCAGCAAUCUCAGGAACCUAUGUUUAAAAAAUGCAAAGAGGUAUGCAAAGAAUCUGCUGUGGCCCUGGAUUCUGUAUUUACCGCUUUGCUAAAGACAGCCUAUGAAAGAGGAAGCAAUACCUUACUGGAAGACGAUAUCCAGACAACAUUGAGAGACUUGGCUUCCCAGCUCCCGCCUGAACAGCUUUUGUUAGGAGUAAAGCAUGUGUUGCUAUACCUGAAAUCCACAGUGGAGAACUUUGGCAGUCUUAGUAAAACUUUCGGUCCUCACCUUGUUGACCUCUAUGUGGACCUGCUGAGCAGCUUGUUGUGCCGGGGAAAUCAGAUAGAGUUGGAUAAUCAGCAGAAACGAGAAGAGCAUCAAACUGAAUCAGAUCUCUUUAUGGAUGAGGAAUCUCUGAUUACAGAGGAGUCUUCAAAUGACAAGACACUAGAAGAUACACUCAUGUUGAUUUUCAGACAUCCUACGCUGGAGAGUUGGUUCCUGGCUUUAGAACAACGUUCUCUUCCUCAGCACAGUUUAAACCCUGUCGCUGUGAAGCUCCUGUCGGCUCACCUCAAUUCUGGUGUGCUCCAGCUGUUGAAAACGGGUGCCCCGAUGUUGCAGAGGAUGGAUCACAAACAUGUGUUAUCGAAGUAUUUUGAAGCUGUCACAAAAAGUGUCUUGAAUGAGCUACAGGCUGUGGGGAAAGACAAAAGCCAGGUCUCUCCCAAGAAGUCUCACCAGCUGGAGGCUCUGGAGGAGUUGUACAUAUACAUGGCUGCAGCUCAGCUGAAGGAGAUCACUUUAACCAUGCUGCGACUUCCUGAGAUGAGCUUGACUACUCAGAAAUCUGAAAAAUCCCCUAAAAAAGGGAAACGGUUAAGCUUCUAUGGACAGAUUUUGGUGCAGCUCCUUAAAGAGAGCUACCAAAGGCAGCCCCAACAAGGAGAACUACUGCUAUCCACAGAGCACAUUAAAGCUUUGGGGAUAUUGAUGUCAGCAUCAGCCAGCAAAGAUUUAGAGAAAGUUUUCCUUCAGGCUCUCCGAAGCGAGCCAGUCCUUGCACAUGCAGUCAGUGUAGAGGUUCAUGUUCACUGCCUUAACCAGAGGUCAGAAACCUCCCUUGCCAUUGUGGGCAUGCUGAUGAAACACUGUAGGACUCACCUGCUGCAGUUUGAGCUGUGGUGUCUGAACAGUGCCACUGGAAAGUACCUCAGGAAGAACAUGGAGAGCUUUCUUCCACUCAUUAAUGUGUAUUUGCAAUGCAGAGACCAGUAUGAUUUCACCCGACCUUCCUCAGUUGUCUCAGCUGUUAUACCUGUCUUGAGGAAAGCUCUGUGGAAGGAGCUCUGUGGUGUACUUCAAGACACAGAAGCAUCUCAUGAGACCACUGUGAAACUGCAAGUUCUUUCGAAGUUGUUGCCAUCUUCAGAAAGCAAAGGGCUGCGAAACCUUAUUGACCAGCUUCCUGCUGCUCUUGAGAAAGCAGAAAGUAACGAGAGUUGGACAGUGGCAGAUGCCAUAUCUAGAGUGCUUGAAAACUCCGAAGAGCUGCAUUCCUGGAGGAGACGCCUGUUAUCAGCCUGCAUGAAGGAGUUAAUUGUCAUGUACAACAUCUGUAAAAAUGAAAGCAAGCAAGAAGUGGAGAGGUCCAUGCUGCUGAGGCUAGAAGAAUUAUUGCGCUUUGUUGAAGAAGUGGACCCAGAUGAGUGGUACAGCCUUGUGAAGGCGGGACUCAAGUACCGCUACAGAGAUGAAGCAUUUUUGAAAGUCCUGAACAUUGCUAUUCAGUUAUUAUACAAGAAAGAAUCCUCACUUAGUCAGAGAUUAGUCAAACUCUCCAAACUUCAUAUGAUGGUCACGCAGCACUCUCUAUUUUUGUCAGCCAUACUGAGGUCAAGAGAAGAAGAUGGCACAAACAUCCAGACAAGAGAGGCCUUGGUGGAUAUACUGCUGACAGUUGUGAAACUCAGCCCUUCUCUCUGUGAGAGCAGUCACCUUGCUGUGUUGCUGGGUGCCUACGGGGCUACACUGAGUGCUGUAGAUCAGAAGAUACUGCUACUGCUUCAGUUAUAUGAGAAGAAUAAUCAAAGUCUUAUAAAUUCCAGAAUCCUGCUAUGGGGUCCAGCCGCUGUGGAGCAUCACAAGACUUGUAAGAGUCUAGGGAAGUCACUAUGGCAGCAGCCAAGCAUGGAGGAGAUUCUGUGUCUGCUAGAUCGAGAAAAGAUGAUGAAGACAAUUCUGUCUUUUCCUCAGCAUCGCCGUCUCCUGUCAUCACAGGAAGUACACGUGUCACUAUAUAGAGAUGAAAGUGUCGAGAGUCUUGAUGACUUCUAUGAUCCUUGUUUUCUACUUCAGCUCUUUAGUGAACUGACCAGACCAGAGUGUGUAGUGGCAUGUCACAAGUUUGUCGAAGUCAAUGCCCUGGGUCUAACAGUAGCUGCCCUUAGCAGCUAUGAUUCCAACAUGAGAGCAGCCGCGUAUUUUGUCCUGGCUUCCUUUCGUUCUCAUCUGGAAGGAGCUCGCUUUCGAGAGAAGAGCCAGUUGCUGUAUCUCUUGGAUGCUGUGCAAAAUGGAAUCAGGCAGCCGAACCUCAGAUUUACCUUCUCUUUGACCCUCUACAUUGCUCGUGUGGCACAGCAGAUUCUGAAGCCAGAGGAGCACAUGUAUAUAAAGGUAAACAGAUUCCUUCUGUCACACCAGUAUUUGGACCUGAGGAAAGUACCAGGGUUUUUCCAGCUUUUCUACAGUUUUGAUUUCGAGUACAAAACAGAACGUGAGUGGAUUCUCAGAUUUCUUGGAGAAGGGCUACGUGAUAAACAUUGCUAUGAGCUUUAUGACUACCAGAGGAUUUUCCAGGUCAUUCUUUCCUUUUUCAACAGUCCUUUGUGUGAUGAGGGCUCCCAGAGUCGUAUUCUGGAGAUACUACAAAAUGCUGCCCAUGUCACCAGAGCUGCCUAUGAGCUGAUACAAGAUCACAGCCUCUUAACCUGGAUACUGCACAUCUUAGAGAAAAGGUACUUAGAAAACAAAAUGGCUCCUUAUUUUAGC